CCGCUUCUUCCUCCUCCCCGACUUGCGAGAGAGAGAGAGAGAGAGAGAGAGAGGCGGAGCCGGUUCCCCCGCUGUAGCGAAGAAGAGAUCUCUUCGAUCGCUGUAGCGCGGGAUCCCGGCCGCUUGAUCAAGAUCAGAUGGCUCGCGCUCUCUCCAACGCAGGCGUGUUCGCGGCUCUCUACGAAGGCGUCGCCCUCCUCGCCAACCGGAGGGCUUACUCUGGAGCGGCGGCGGUGAUGGGAGCGGGUAGGAGGGGUGGGACGGCGGAGGAAACCGCGGCGACGUUUAUGCGCGGAAGGAGAGGCGCUUCGGCGGAUGCGGAGGCGGAUGCGGUGGCAUGGUUGCCGGAUCCGGUGACUGGGUACUACCGACCGGCGAAUCGGGCCGGGGAGAUGGACGCUGCGGGGCUCCGAGAGGUGCUUCUGAAUCCGAAAAAGUGAAGCAGUGCUAUAUAUGUAUGAUUGGAUGGUCCAGAACCUUCUAGAAGUUUCCAUCUGUCUCCAGUUGGCGUCCGUAUGCUUCAAAAGACCGCUUGUGUGAUGCUGCAGUUUCUUGCGGUUUAAUAGUAGGUUGGCCGAGUUAAGAUUAUAAAUAAAAAUAGACACUAUUAUAUUAUAUUUAUAUA